UUUGAUGGUCGAGAAAGGUUUAGAAUUGAUAAGGAAGACCACAGGUCUUCCAAUGAGAAGGAACUAACUGUUUGUUACAAGUGUGGUAAGACAGGACAUAUUAGGUCAAAAUGCCCUGCAGGGAUGAAAACCAAAGAAAAAGCCAUGGCUGCAUCAUGGAGUGAUCUCAGCUCAGAUGAGGAUCAUGAGACGAAAGACCUAGCCUAUAUGGCUUUUGCCACUAACAAAGAAGAUGACUGCCAAUCUUCAAGCAGUAGAGAUCAUGGUUCUCCAUCCUGCUAUCAGAGAUUGGGAGUAAGUGAAAACAUCUGGUUUCUGGACAGUGGUUGCUCCCACCACAUGACAGGAACUGAUCGCUAUGCUUGGACGAAG